CACGCAGUCUUCCCGCGCGGUCCGCACGUGCGUCUAGCGUGCCUUUAUAUCGUGCUACAACUUAACGUUUUCGAACGUUUCUCAAAUAUUCGAAUGCGAUAUAUUAAACUGUCGUUGUGUAUCUAACUGUGCUUGUCUAUCGUCCAAUCGCUACUUACUGUGAAAUGACUUCAGUGCUCUAUCAAUUAAAGUUGUAAUUACAUAUUUUCCUUACUAAAUUAAUUAGAUCUUACAUAGAACCGGAAAGCAUUAAAUUAAUGAAUGGAAUUUAUUAAAGCUACACUGUAUCGCUGAAUGGAAUAUAUGGCAGCUAACUGAAUAUUAAAAUUAAAUGCGACCAGAAAACAUCGAGUCGCCUCUGUCAGUUCCUCGUGACACGAAGACUGUGUACGCUAUGAAUGAUCAGACAUUUCAUACACCAUCAUUCGGCGACGAAGAGUUCGACAUUCCCCUUAUGCAUGGCCAGCAUGCAACACCUGCAGGAGUGCAAAACUCACAUAUUCCAUACACUCAGUUGCACCAUACUGCUCCUCAGGUUGGCAUGAUGAAUCCGGCCCAAGACGGUUUGGCACCACCUGGUGGUGCUCCUUCCUACCAACAACCUCUCUACUUGCAAGAACCCCAUACGCCAGUUACCUCUCAUAGUUCUAGUGGUGCUGGUGCCCCGGCUGGUAACUACAUCAUUCAGCAACAGCCGGGUGGACAACAACGGCUACUAAUGAUGCAGCCAACACAAGUGAUGAGUGGGCCACCCACUCCCAGUACUCCCACACAGCCCUCAGGACCUGUGUAUGGAUCCCCACAAAGAGCUUCGCCACCUGGCACUACAAGUGAUGAUUCUGAUGAUAGUGUGCCUUCUCAUCAUUCCCAGUUGCCUGGUGAUGCGGAAAGCCUUCUGCCUAUCCAUUAUUGCUCAGCGAGCCGGCAGCAACAAACUACGCUUCAUCAGAUGGGUGUAAGCAACAUGGGUGUAAAAAGAUCAUCACCAGAACCAAUGGAUAAUGGAGUAAAUCGUGGUCAAAUGCAGAAAAAGCCCAAAGUGCAGAAAAAAAAGAAAAAAAGAGAUCCUAAUGAGCCACAAAAGCCUGUAUCAGCUUAUGCUCUGUUCUUUCGAGAUACACAGGCGGCCAUAAAAGGACAAAAUCCCAAUGCUAGUUUUGGAGAAGUGUCUAAAAUUGUAGCUUCAAUGUGGGAUGGAUUAGAUUCUGAACAUAAAAGUGUUUAUAAGCAGAAAACUGAAGUAGCGAAAAAAGAAUACCUCAAAGCCCUUGCCGCUUAUAGAGCUAGUUUAGUAUCAAAGGGAGGUGAACAAGAAAACCAAGCAAUUUAUAAUCACACUAAUAAUACUAACCCAACAUAUGGUAACUAUUACCAAGGGCAAGCAUAUGGUAAUGGUCAUUCACCUCAGAACUACGUUCCAAACCAAGCUCCACAAGGGUACUCACCACAAAACUAUUCUGGUGCACAACAACAACCUACUUAUCAAGGGCAGUCAGCCCAAUACCCUUCUAAUCCCCAGCAAUCACCCCAGAGUUACCAAGGAAAUAUGGCCCACACACCUCAGACAUACCAAGGAGUUACAGCACAGUCACCUCAAGGGUACCAAGUGAAUUCAGCUACAUCCCCACAGAAUUGCCAACCUAAUAUAGGACAGUCACCAAGAAGCUACCAACCUGCGCAGUCUCCAUCCAGUUACUCUGCAAGCUCAGCCUUAUCACCUCCGGGCUACAGGCAGGUGCCUUCACAAUCACCUCCAAUGGGAUCAGUCCAUCCUGUUAUGCAGUACCACCAUUCUCAACAGCAAAUGCAACAAGCUCAUCAACAAAUGCAACAAGCUCAUCAAGUGCAGCAGCAUCAACAACAACAACAGCAACAACAACAGCAGCAGCAACAACAACAGCAACAGCAGCAGCAACAACAACAACAACAACAGCAGCAACAACAACAGCAGCAGCAGCAGCAACAACAACAGCAGCAGCAAAAUCAUUCAAUACUAAAAAAUGAGCAACUAUCAUCCAAUAAUAAUGGCAAUUCAGGCAUGCCACAACAGUCACCAGAUCUGAAUGACAAUAGAAGUACACCUUCUUGUAUUCGCCAAGGCUGUACUAACCCUGCCAUAGCUAAUAGUGAAUGGGAAGAUGAGUACUGCUCCAAUGAAUGUGUUGUCAGUCACUGCAGAGAUGUCUUCAGUUCAUGGGUGGCAUCAAAUAGUAACAACCAAAUACAAAAUUUUUCUGCAGUCAAGUAAAAUAUUAUAUGUACAUAUCAUAAUGUAAUAAAUUUUUCUUGUAAGUUAUGUAUGCAAAUAGCAAUAUAUAAAUUUUAGAAUAAUUAAUUUUCUUUCUUUAUGAUUAUAUAAGUAAUAUAUAUUCCCUAUCAAAUCAUUAA